AUGAAGUUCUCCUCUGUUCUCGCUGUUCUUACCAUCUUGGCCGUUGCUGCUUCCGCUGCUCCCUGCAAGAACAAGGGUAGCAACAACCACAAGAGCGGUCACGAUAACGUCAACGCCAUUAGCCAACAAGUCGGCGAUGUCGGCAACGAAGGCAGAACCUCUGGUCUUUUGAAUGGUCUUUUGAAGGGCGGUAUUGCCAGUGAUAACAGCAAGACAAGCAAUGUCAACCAGCAUGCCAGCAUUCAGAACUAA